AUGUUGUCGAUCGGGAUGCAUGACCUGCUCGAUCAACGAAGCAGUUUCUAUCGUGAGAAGUUCCUGCCAGAUGGAGAAAUGAUGCCCUCCAAGCUUGAAGUUUUGGCGGAAGUGACCGGACUUUUCAUGGCGACUGACUUCCAUCUCAUCCUCUUUUGCUUCUCUCACUAUGAACUUCGACACUUGCCGAAAUCCUCAAUCGUCGCGAGGUCAUAUGAGCCUGUAUUGUUUGCGCCGUUUCAGCAGGACAACAAUGCCUACGUCCUGCAGGCGACGCAGUUGAUGAUGUGUCCAGACACUCCUUGGGACCGUUCAGUCUCCGGCAGGAGCUCGAGGCGCUUCCAACGCACCUCACGCAAGACAUAUAUUGGAUUUUUGUUUCUCGGCGUUUCAACGACCGAGCUCUAA